GACAAAUAUGGCCGACUUAUUGGGUAUCGUGGCCAUUGUGUUCUUCUACGUGCUCAUUCUUGUCGUUGGAAUAUGGGCGGGUAGAAAAUCGAAAAGUUCAAAAGAGCUUGAAUCAGAAGCCGGCGCGGCGACGGAAGAGGUGAUGUUAGCUGGGAGAAACAUCGGAACUCUUGUCGGAAUUUUCACAAUGACUGCCACGUGGGUUGGCGGUGCUUAUAUCAAUGGAACCGCCGAGGCUCUGUAUAAUGGAGGUCUCCUUGGAUGUCAGGCUCCAGUUGGAUAUGCAAUUUCCCUUGUUAUGGGAGGACUACUUUUCGCAAAGAAAAUGCGAGAAGAAGGAUAUAUUACAAUGCUCGAUCCUUUUCAGCACAAAUAUGGCCAACGAAUCGGUGGCUUGAUGUAUGUUCCAGCACUUCUUGGUGAAACAUUCUGGACAGCAGCCAUUCUUUCGGCACUUGGUGCAACACUGUCGGUAAUUCUUGGAAUCGACAUGAAUGCAUCAGUGACCCUGUCGGCCUGUAUUGCCGUAUUCUACACAUUCACCGGUGGAUACUAUGCAGUCGCGUACACUGACGUCGUUCAACUAUUUUGCAUUUUCGUCGGUUUGUGGGUUUGCGUGCCGGCGGCUAUGGUGCAUGAUGGUGCGAAGGAUAUUUCCAGGAAUGCAGGCGACUGGAUUGGAGAGAUUGGAGGAUUCAAAGAAACAUCUCUCUGGAUUGAUUGCAUGCUUCUCCUUGUCUUUGGAGGAAUUCCAUGGCAAGUGUACUUCCAAAGAGUUCUCUCCUCAAAAACUGCUCAUGGAGCACAGACGUUGUCGUUUGUGGCGGGCGUCGGAUGCAUUCUCAUGGCGAUUCCACCAGCGUUGAUCGGUGCAAUUGCCAGGAACACAGACUGGAGAAUGACUGAUUAUUCCCCAUGGAACAAUGGAACUAAGGUCGAAUCGAUUCCACCGGAUAAGAGAAACAUGGUGGUCCCGUUGGUAUUCCAGUAUCUUACGCCAAGAUGGGUCGCCUUUAUUGGACUCGGCGCAGUGUCGGCUGCUGUAAUGUCAUCUGCAGAUUCAUCUGUACUAUCAGCAGCAUCAAUGUUUGCUCACAACAUCUGGAAGCUCACAAUUCGCCCUCACGCGUCUGAAAAAGAAGUGAUAAUUGUGAUGAGAAUAGCCAUCAUCUGUGUUGGUAUCAUGGCAACCAUCAUGGCACUUACCAUUCAAUCCAUCUAUGGGCUUUGGUAUCUUUGUGCAGAUUUGGUCUACGUCAUACUCUUCCCUCAACUAUUAUGUGUUGUAUAUAUGCCACGUAGCAAUACGUAUGGCUCAUUGGCUGGCUAUGCAGUCGGUCUUGUGCUCCGUUUGAUUGGAGGCGAGCCACUUGUAUCGCUGCCAGCGUUCUUCCAUUAUCCAAUGUAUACGGAUGGGGUACAGUAUUUCCCAUUCAGGACAACUGCUAUGUUAUCUUCAAUGGCUACUAUCUACAUUGUAUCAAUACAAUCGGAGAAGCUGUUCAAAUCGGGACGUUUGUCUCCGGAGUGGGACGUAAUGGGUUGUGUAGUGAAUAUUCCGAUAGAUCAUGUACCCCUUCCGUCAGAUGUAUCGUUUGCUGUUAGUAGUGAGACCUUGAAUAUGAAGGCUCCAAACGGAACACCGGCUCCAGUACAUCCGAACCAACAGCCGUCUGAUGAAAAUACAUUAUUACAUCCAUAUUCGGACCAAAGUUAUUAUUCCACAAAUAGCAAUUAAAAGAGACGAACUUGUUCCACGUGUUCACUUAAUUUCCUCCCAAAUUUUUUUUUGUAUUUUUUUUAGUUUUCGUUAACUUUUUUCUCACUUUCUCAAAUUUCAGAUCUCUAUUAAUAGACCCAUCCGGUGGAUACACUUUAGUUUUUAUUUAUUUUCCUAAAAUUUGAAAGAAAAAAAUUUGAUGAAUUUUGACAUGUUCAGAAAUUCCAAUAAAAACGUGACCAAUUAA